AAGAAGGGGUCGUCGUGGACACGUGUAGUAAAUGAUUGGCGAAUAUGCUUUCUUUUGGCGCCGCCCUCCUCUUUCUCUCUCUCUCUGAUGCGGCAUCCGCCGACCGACCUCUCCAUUUUGUUUUUGGAUAGGCCACCGACCUGUGCAAAGCACCGUGGAGAAGUGGGAGAGGAGAUGAUGGAGUUCUUGGAGGAACUUCUCCUCGCCGCGCUAAUCUCUGUCCUCCUCGCCUUCAUCUUCGGAAAUUUCUCCGCCGACAAGCCGGAGGCGGCGGAGGAUUUAGGGCCUCGACCGAGGGCCUUGAAUCCGAUCCAGGAGGAGAAGAGGGAGGGGAAGUCGACGAUCGUUGCCCUUGGUGAAUUCUGUUCUACGGAUACAAACCCCGCUGAGGUCGAAGAGGGAAGAUUGGGUGUGGAUGUAUUGGAAAAGGACGGCGGGGUUGUCGCUGGAUUUUACCAAGAGAAAGAUGACCUUUUUGACAGGGUAGUCGGGAUUGGAAGAGUUGAGGAUGAUUUAGCGGAGCCGGGUGAGGCAAAACCGGUGGAGCAAGUCGUGGAACGAGGCGGCGAACUGACUGGAAACAAGGAAGAAGUAUGCCAUGUUGACAAGGGUAAGUGGGAAUCGUUGUUUCAUGGGGAGGAUGAGUGGGAAGGGAUCGAGAGAAGCGAUAUAGAGAAAUUAUUUGGAGUCGCGAGCAAGUUUGUCGCUGGCAAGAUCGGUGGGGUUGCAGUGUCGAGACUGAGUAAUGAAGUGCAAAUGAAGUUGUACGGACUGCAUAAGGUUGCGACCGAGGGACCAUGCCAUGAGCCACAACCCAUGGUUUUGAUGUUGUCUGCCCGCACCAAAUGGCAUUCAUGGCAAGAACUAGGGAAUAUUAGUCCAGAAGCUGCUAUGGAACAGUAUAUCAAUCUUCUUACUGAAAGUAUUCCUGAAUGGAAGGCAGAGACAUCCAAAGUGGAAGACAUAGGUAUUGAUGCCAAUGAUCCUCCUUCUGUAGAUGACUUAUCAAUAGGUCAACUUGGCUCAAAGUCCUCUCACUCUAAAUCUGGAUCUGAAAUUGUAACUGAAGAUUUAUCUGCUGAAGAUGUCACUGGAAAUGUAGAGACUGGUCCCAAACUUUUAAAACAAGGAUUGGCGAAUAUUUUGCUUUUCAACCUGAUCUCACCUCCUAGAGUGGCAUUCUGAAUUUAUUACAAGCUUGGUCGAACCUGUCUGCGAGGAAUUAAUGCUCACGUUUCAAGUUGGUUCAAAUUCGUAGUUGCAAGCUGAUAAGUGCACAGUGUCAUCAUUUGUCUUAAUUGGUGAAUAAUCUUUUAAUGCUCGUUCAGUACUCACGGUUGUUCAUACUGUAUAUAGCUGGUAAAUAUCUAUCUAUUAAUGCUGUGUCAUUGGAACAAGCUGCAGCUUUCGAGAAGAUUGUUGUUUAUAGUGCGCACCAGAAUAGCUGAACGAAUAGUGAUUUGAGUU